UUAAUGAAUUCUGUGAGAAGUGUGUGCUAUUUCACUGUCUGCUGGCUUGUUUUCCAUGUUAUUUGUUUGUUUCUGGUGUGGAUCAAUGUUGCUGAGCUCCAAGAGAAACUGCAGGAGCAGCAGAUCAGCCAGCAAGAGGCACAGAGAGAGCUGCUGGACACAGAGAGGCGACAGCUGGAGGCAGUGAGGCAGGCCCACGAGGCAGAGCUCCGGCAACUCCGAGACUGGCACAGGGAGCAGAGGAGGCAGCUGCUGGGUGCAGAGGGCGUCUCAUUUGAGGAGCUGGAUUACGAGAGUGACUUCAGCAGCAACGAGGAGUCCCAACACAGCGUCAUGGCUGAGCUGGAGUGGGAGCAGCAAACAUUGUUAGACAUGGAUCCACAACAGAAUGACAACCCAACAAAUGAGGGAGCAGAAAAUAGUCUUUUACCCGAGUGGUGUGUCCUUCCAGCGGAAGAGACUGGCCAGCCCCCCUCGGAGGGGGGACAGGAGCACCACACUGAGGGGACGGACUAUACUGGAGGGAGCCCCAGGGUUUCCCCUGAUACAGAGGGCACUGCUGUAUCCAAGGAACCCAGAGAAGAGGCUGUUUCUGACCAGGCUCUCCAACCAAAUAGUCCAGAACCAGCCGCCACUGAGCUUGACCGGAAAAAAGAGGAAGCCAGCUGGGGAGCUUUACCUGCUGAAGACCGGAAUGCCAUGUUUGCAGUUUACAGGAAGGAGGCAACUAUCCAGAUUGAAGCUCUAGAAGCAGAGUUAGAAAAGCUGAGACAGGACAGCCAACAAAAAACAAAGAAACUGAAGAAGCUCUGGAAAGAAUCCAAAACCAAAUGGGACACGGAGAGGCAGGGUCUCUCUGAGUGUGUGCAGCAGGCCAGGGAGAGACAGGCAGUGGCUCAGAGGGAUUGUGAAGCUGCCAGGACUGAACUGCAGAGGAUGACACAGAAGGUAUCUGGGGACCAGUCUAUCCUCCAGUCUACAGGAGCCCAGAUGAAGGAGACCCCGUGCGGGAGAGAGGAGGGGGGAGCUGCUGUAGAGAGGGCUGUGGGUCUGCUGGGGGCCCCUGUCUCUGUUCCUGGCCCAGGUGGUGACUUGAAGGAAGAGGGAGAAGUGGCCACACUGAGCGCAGGAUUCAGGAGUAUCUACUUCAUGGUGACCAGGUUCACAGAGACACUCAAAAACACUCUCUUCAAAGAUAUGAAUUUGUUUGCUGAAGCUUUGGAGACCCCAGAAUUGAGUCUGAGUGCCACAGACCCACUGACAGCAGAACAGCUACAGAGCGCUUUGAGGAGCUCUGACUCACAACUCAACAGCACCAUUGCAGUUUUCAGCAGAGUGCUUGGAGCUGACAGCUGUCCCUCAACACUGCCAGCAGCUGGGGAGGAAGACACAGGGGAGGCUGCUGGGAAGGUCAAAGGGCAGGAUGUGGGGCGAGCCAUAUCCCAGGAACACAAACCCACAGAAAGCCCUCACCUACACAGAUUCACUCCCUGCACUGAGGGAAGCGGCACUGCAGCCCGCUCACCCUUGAAAUCGGAGCCAGAGAGCCCCAGUGACCUGCCCCGCCCUGGAGGAAUGAUCAUGUUUACCCGUCUGGACUUGGAACACAACAAACGAGCGCUCAGACACGCCCUGCGCAGAGGGAGGGUGCCUGCCCAGCUCUGUCAGAGUGCCCGCAGGGAGAUGAGGAUGUACUCUGAGCUGCAGAGGCAGCGCCUGGCUAGCCUGGUCAGGCAGUACACAGCCUACCUGGGGAUGCUGGAGGCGAGGGAGGUCAUGAGGACGAGCAGCAACUCCUCUGCUUGGCACUUCUUACCACGACUGCAGGCUCUACACGUUCAGAGGCUGAAUCGCCGGAGUCAGCACAUGGCUGGACUCUCUGAACACAGGGUCCAGCUGGCUCUGUCCAUCACUGACACCCUGGGGAGCAUUGAAGAGGAGUCGGGCAUCUUCCUCAUCAAACCUGUGCUGCUCUGGAAGAAGAGAGAGACCUCAUUGAAACACUCUGGAAGGAUUGUCAGCAGGCUCAAGAUCUCCAUGAAACCUGACCCUCGUCCCACCCUGGCCCUCUCCAGCCAGACCACAGCCUCGCGGACACAGAUAAUGAAGAGUUUAUCAGACACCAAAGCAGCCACCACUGGGGCAAAUCAAGACCCGGUUUCCACAGUUACCGUGUUGGGAGGGGGAGGCCUCAGAAUGUGGAGUGUAAGUGAUGCAGAACCAGGGAAACCUGGCACCCAGAAACAAGAAAGGGACGCCCUACCCGCUAUGCCCAGACUACUGGAGAUGGAUGUCAAUAAAUUUCUUAUCAGCCAACAUCAUGUAUGCAUGAAGACACCUGAAAGGAGUUUCUUCAUGGACCCAGCGUCUGCCAGUCCCAGGCUCAGCUUGAGAAGCUUCCUGCCAGUGGACAGGACGGUGCCCUGCAGUGUGGGCCUGGCAGGGAAGACGCAGGUUUUGAGAGGGAGUGCCAGGAUGUGAAUGGGUUCUACUGCUUCUCUUCGGUUUUGUCUCAGAGAUUUUACACUGGAAAGGACUAAGAGCCGUUUUAAAGAAAGUGCUAAAAUAGACAACUUUUCUGAGAGGAAUAAAACAAUUUGGACAAAUCUAGAAAGGAAACAGCUUUGUUACAAUAAAGCACUAUAUUUAUGAGUAGGUUCUUGCUGGUUUUAUACCGUUGAAAUGACUUCAAUCCUCUCUGAGUAUUUGUCUUUACACCUGCUUUAAAAGAGUCCCCCAUGACGAUGGUUUUGCACAAGCACAUUUGCUGCACUUUUCCAGGCCUGGAAAUGACUGGCCUACAUUAAAACUACAAUUCCACUUCCUAAAAUCCAGUUUUGGAAACCAUUCAAUUCUAGUUUUACCUCAGAUUUUAUUUCAUUUUAAGUGCUUGUCUUCCAAAAACCUGUGGUCACAAAAGUGUGUGUGUGUUUUGUUUUUGUCUAAAUGAAGUGUUUUAUUUUAUUUUAUUUUAUUUUUAUUAUUCAAUAUCCUGCUGAACUGUAAACAUUCAUAUUAAAGCACACAGAAGCCUAAACUACUGUCAGCUUCUUUGGUUGUGUACUUUUUGCUUUAUCACCUUGAUGUCGGUUUUGUAUUUGAAAUAAAAU